AAACGUCAAAGAAGAAGAAGAAGUUAUUUGUGGAUUUUCUUAAUUCUUAUUGGAGACGCGAACCGUUUCAAACGAUUCAGUUCGAUUUGGUGAACUGGUUCAACCGAGUCACUGAGAAGAAUCGGUUGAAUCGAAGGAUUCGUUCAUGAACCGGACAUCAGCGUGCGCUUGCUGUGUCUUCUGAGCUGUAGAAUUGAAAAUGCACAAGAGGACCCACACUGGAGAGAAACCUUACAUGUGUUCACACUGUGAUAGGAGAUUUGUUCAUAGAGCAACUCUGAAAACACAUGAGAGGACCCACACCGGAGAGAAACCUUACAAGUGUUCAUACUGUGACAAGACAUUCAGUUGUUCAGGACAUCUGAAAACACACCAGAGGAUCCACACUGGAGAGAAACCAUACACGUGUUCACACUGUGACAAGAGAUUCGUUCAGAAAGCAAAUCUGAAAACACAUGAGAGGACUCACACCGGAGAGAAACCUUACAAGUGUUCACACUGCAACAAGAGAUACCGUUUAUCAGGACAUCUGAAAACACACCAGAGGAUCCACACUGGAGAGAAACCAUACAAGUGUUCACACUGCAACAAGAGAUACCGUUUAUCAGAACAUCUGAAAACACAUGAGAGGACCCACACUGGAGAGAAACCAUUCACAUGUGAUCUGUGUGGGAAGAGUUUCACACAAUCAGCAAACCAUAAGUUGCACAUGCACAUCCACACUGGAGAGAAACCGUUUACAUGUGAUCUGUGUGGGAAGAGUUUCAUAAUAAAACGCAGCUUUAAAGAGCACAUGAACAUCCACUCUGGGGAAAAACCGUACACAUGUGAUCAGUGUGGCAAAGGAUUUGUAAGGUCUUCUGACCUAAAGAUUCACCUGACACUUCAUACAAAGAAGAAACAUCUGUAUUUAUGUUCUUUGUGUGGAAAGAGUUUUCCACUGCUGAAAAGUUUAAAAACACAUCAGAAAAGACAUACUGCCAAAAAAGCUUAUAUGUGCUUUGAGUGUGAGAAGACUUUUUUACAGAGGAACAUUUGAAAAUGCACCAGAGAACUCACACUGGAGAGAAACCUUACAUGUGUUCACACUGCGACAAGGGAUUCAGUUCUUCAUCAAGUCUGAAAAAAGCAUGAAAGGACUCAUACUGGAGAGAAGC